UAGUUCACUUCCCAUUAGACGUCUGUCCUGGCGCAGCCUUCCUUUUCAUAAAAACACCUUCACCUCGAAACGGAAUUCAUCAAACACUUCAAAUAAAAUGGCGCUUCCGCGCCAACUUCGAGAUGAAAGUGAUUUCGACCAGCUUCCAGAUGAUAUUCCAAUCAGUGCAACCAUUGCAGAUAUUGCAGAAAAGAAGGGAUUCAUCGUUUACUAUCAAUUCGUGAUAGAUGUGAAGACCAAGGGUGGGAACAAGUAUCUAAUUUACCGUCGCUACCGCCAGUUCUUCACCCUGCAUCAGAGCCUGGAGCUGAAGUUAGGAGAACAGUCCAGCCGCUACACUGUGACUCUCCCCACCUUACCAGGGAAGGUGUUCAUGGGUAAUAAACAGGAGAUAGCUGAGAACAGGAUCCCAGAGCUCAACACAUACAUGAAGAAGUUGCUGAGUUUGCCCACAUGGGUGCUGCUGGAUGACCUGAUCCGCAUGUUCUUCUACCAGAUGGAGUCCGACUGCCAGCAGGCGCCCCGGACCCUGCGUCGCCUCCGGCCCCCCACACGGAAAGUGAAAUCUGUCAAGCCCAAAACUGACCUCCUGUCUUCACCCAGAGCUGAGGCGAUGUUUGACUUCAACGGGAGCGGAAAACUGGAGUUGAGCCUGAAGGCCGGCGAGGUGAUCUUCCUGCUCAGGAGAGUCAACGCAGACUGGCUGGAGGGCACGGUGCGAGAGAGGAUCGGCAUUUUCCCAGAAUCCUUUGUGAAGAUCAUCAAGCCACUGCCGGGUAGCGAUGGCGAGGAGGAGGAGGAGAAGGGAGCCCAAGUCAGCACCUACAGCUGCCUACGAUGCUCCCUGCUGCAGCCACAAGGCGUAGACCCCAGGGAUGUGUGUGUCGAAGAGGAUCUUUCCACUCAGCCCACCUACCAGGAGCUACUGUCACGCAUGAGAGAGCUCUUCAAGAUGGAGGACAUCGCCCUGAACUACCGUGACGCCGACGGCGACCUGGUGCGUAUCCUGGACGACGAGGACGUGGCCCUGAUGGUGUGGGAGAGCAAGGGUCAGGGGUCAAAGAAGCGGCCCGUCAACCAGUACCCCUGGGAGCUGCUCGUCACCCUGGCAACCGACCUCACUGCAUACAACACUGAGUACUAGAGGAAACCAAAGGGUGGUGUGUGUGCACACUUAUGUCUGCAUGUGUUUGUGACAGUGUGCUUCUCUUUGUGUGUGUGUGUGUGUGAGUGAG